UAUAGCAUUACAAAUUAUAAAUAAUAAACAAAAAUUUUUAUUAUUUUUUUUAGAAUCAUUUUUGUGUGCUCUUUUAUAUGUCACUUGUUCUUACAAGUUAUAUAGAAUAUUGAUGAUAUUCACAUUCACAUUUUAUUUAUCAAUAAUUAUAAGAUUAAAUUCUCCUUAAGAUAAUGUCCUUAUUUUAAUUAUUGAUAUUAUUCUCACAUUUCGAUCUUCUAUUUUUUUAUUAAAGGUGAAAUACUAUUUGUCUAUUUUGAGAUAUUUCCUUGUCCUUGAGAUAAAGAGCACUAAUUAAUUUUAUUUGUUAGAAAUGUCAUUUUAUUUUUAUCUAGAUAAUUAGUUAGAUUAAUUAAAUUAACUCUAAACAAGAUAAUAUCAUUGCUUUCACAUUAUGAAAUAAUCUAUUAGCAUUACUUCCGUUAAUUUUUCAUUUUCCACUGCAAUAUCAAAAUUUCUCAAAAUGAACCUACAUAGCACGGUUUAAUAAUACAUUCAUAAAUAAUAAUAUUAUACAAAAAAUAAUAGUUUAGUUUAUAUUAUACUAUAUUUUAAUACAUUUUAAUACAAAAAUAAUUUGCAAUUAUACGCACGCAAUUAGCUUUAUAUUACGUUUAAAGAUAAUACCAAUAAUAAUAUUUUUUUGAUUAAGUUAAAAAUGCAUUGGUAUUGAUAUUUUUUUCUUAAAAAUUACGAUAAUACAUAGAAUAUUUUUAAAUGUCGUAUAUAUGCAAUAAAACUGUCUUUAAUGUAAAACCAGAUAAUCAUUAAAAAUUGUUAAUAUUAAAAAAUUAUUAAUAUUAAUAAAUAGAUAUUGCGCAAUACUUCUUUUCAAAUGCUCACAAAAUUUAAUGUAUAAUCAAUACGUUGUAAUAAAAUAUAAUUUCUUUAUUGCACUUUAUUUCGCGAGUGAUAAAUACAGAUCGAGAAACGCCAUGGUUACUACAUGGCUAACAUAUGAUGCCUAACAUAUUCGUAGUUAUAUUCAAUGCACGAACUACUCGCAGUGCGUUUUCAAGUUAAACCAGUCAGAUGUCGAAGAAAAAAGAAGUUACGUGCAAUUAUCACUGAGUACAAGAGUUACGUUUACAAACAAAGCUUUUGUAAUCACGCUCACAAAAUUUAAUAACAUAGUGUUGAUAAAGUGAUAAAUAAUUUUCGAAGACGACGCAUAUUUAAAUUAUUCUUCUUUCGCAAGAAUUCGCUGCAUAAUACUUAGUUUUAUCAUUAAAAUUCCAGAAACGCACCAAUAGCAAUAUGCGAAAAAGAUGUCGGCUCUUCUGCGCUACGGAUUUUCAAUCUUUGAUGUACCCUUGCUUCAACUUCUGCCGCAUUCUAGGAAUAUUCCCGUACAGAAUCAACGAUUCGACUUUUGAGGCUUCAAAAUCAUGUUAUAUUUUAUCGACCAUUAUUAUCUGCGUCUUCUGCAUUUACGGAAUAAUUAUUAUUUAUCAGUUCGAUACUUCUAUAACAAUAACCAUCAUAAGAAUACCUAGAUCUCUUCAGUAUCAUAGUUAUUGCGCGCUCGGUAGUUUCGUAGCGAUUGUCACGUAUGUCUUAAGGGGUCCACGACUGCUCUUACUGCAAACCGUAUUGGAAGUUUCUUCAAAACUACCACAGGAGUCGUAUAAAAAAUUGUCCAAGUUAAUUCACGUCAAAGAUAUUUUCAGUUUUUUCUUCUUUGUCAUCAUAACAUUGAUAUGCUUCAUCAAGUUGCCUCUCAAUUUGAUCUUCUCAACAAUAUAUACAUUAUAUAUCGGCAUACUGUUGCUGCAAUUGGACAUGUUGUACAUGAAUUGCGUUUGUGUAUUGAAAGUCUGUUUCAAUCAAAUUAACGACAAUUUGAUGAAGGUGCAGGAAUUCGUAAUAAAUGACAAGCCCCAGCUACUCAGGCAAACAUACCACGUGCAAAAGAACCCAUUCUUGCUGAUAAAACUUAAAACCUUGAAGAAGCAACAUCUGAUGGUUACUGAUACAGUGCAGAUGCUGAAUACGAUUUUCAGUUUGCAGCUCAUCGUUACCAUAGUCUUAAGUUUCGCCGAAAUUACUUUCAAUCUGUACUUCUACAUAGUCUUAAUCAUGUCUAAAGAGAAACAAGAGUUGUGGAAUUUGUUGUUUAUCAUGUGCAUCGUAUAUUAUAGCACAAAAAUAGUGUUGAUCGUGUGGGCUUGCGACAGCGGUAAAGAUCAAGCUGCUAAGAUUGGCAUCACAGUUCACAAUUUGCUUAAUAGCAUCAGUGAUAAGCAAAUCAAGGACGAGUUGGAACUAUUUUCUGUCCAAAUACUGCAUCGAGAAAAUGUAUUUUCCGCAAAAGGUCUCACUAUAGAUGCGUGGCUUCUUACUGCGGUAAGUGGCCAAUUAUUUGCUUCAAAAUAAUUAAAUGCAUAUUAUUCAGUUUUAUAAUUUUUUC